AUGGCGUCCAAGACGCCAGUUGCAACUGGUGUGGCCUUGGGCAUAGCUGCUGCUGUGGGUGUUACCACCUGGGCCUUGUACAGGCGGGCCAAAGGAUGCCAGAAGACUUCUGUUGUUCGCUUGAGAUUGAUGUACGCUUCCAUGACAGGCACAUCUCAGAGAUAUGCUGAAGCCCUGGCUGAAGAGCUUCGGAAGGAGUCCGAGGCACCGCUGGAAAUUUGCUUCGAGGAUCUCUCCACCUUUGCUUUUGACACUUUGCUUAGCCGAUCGGCAGAGGUUGACACCGAGAUCAUAGUAUUGCUUCUGUCCACUCACAGUGAUGGACUCCUACCUCCCAGUUGUGCUCACUUUGGUACUUUGCUGGCGGAUCACGUGCAUGACUUCAGGGUGGGGAGGUCUGCCAUGAAGCACUUGCAUUUUGCAGUCUUGGGCUUUGGAAGCUCUGUGUAUGUCAGAACCUCGGCACAGCGCCAUCCAGGCAUUGCGGUGUGUGUUGGAAUCAUUAUUGAACUGAAGUGA